AUGGAAUACAGACUCGCGCUGAGAGGGUGCUUGCUGGAUCGCGUGCGCACGGCGUCGGGCGGCUUUGCGGUCGCUGCGUUCGAGCAGCAGGACAGGGGCCGGGACACAGAGCAAGAUCAGCACGCAUACGAGCGCGAUGGUCGGAGCUGUGCGGAUCGUCUCAGGAUUCAUCAGCGCGAUGAGGAUAGCGAUUCCUGUGAGAACAGUGAGGGUACGGAUGAUUGGUCGCAUCCUUGCGGCCGGGCAGAGGAUAUGGGGCAAACUCGCCUUGGACAGGGCACGGAUCCGUUUUCCAAGCAAGUUUCGGGUGGUGCAGAGCGAGUCAGCGGUGUAUCGUCCACAUCGACAAUGACCAUUGAAUCCCUCCCCAUCCUGAAUCCAUCGCGUUGGUGCUCAAGCAGAGCGCUCAAGCGGUGUGCGAUGGUGGUGAUGAUCGCGGGCGGCGUGCUCUCGAUGACCCCCACUGUUGCGACGGCGCAGGAUGCCGGGACGAUCUCCGAUGCGGAGGUCUACGAGAAUCGACCGAUCGCGGCGGUGCUCGUGCGCGGAUCGAUCACUGCGGAAGGUACGCGGACUCCGUUGAGUCCUGAGGCGUAUCAGCAGGCGCUCAAUGUGCUUGUGUCCAAAGCCGGCGGGAUCUUCGAUGCGCAGGUCGUCCGCGAUGAUGUGCGUCAACUCAAUCGAUUGGGACUGUUCCAGCGCGUCGAGAUCUAUGCAGGACUGACUGAGAAUGGUGAAGUCGAGCUCGCGUUUGAUCUGCUCGAGCGGAUGCAGGUGAUCGAUGUCCAGGUGACUGGGAACACGGAGAUCAGCGACGCGGAGAUCCGCAGCGUGAUCGAUGUCAUCCCUGGGACACCGAUCGAUCGAUUCCAGAUCGAUCGAUCGGCGCGUCGCGUCGAGGAGUUGUAUCGCGCCAAGGGCUACUACUUCGUUCGUGUGAAUCUCGAUGAAGAGGAACUCGCGGAUACCGGUCUGGUCAUCUUCCGCGUGCUCGAAGGGAAUCGGCUCAAGGUCACAGCGAUCCGUUUCUCAGGGAACGAAGCUUUUGAGAACAAAAAACUCCGGCGCGAAGUGGACACCAAACAAGCGAACAUCUUCCGGCGUGGUCAGCUCGAUGACUCGGUGCUGGAUGUGGAUAUCGCGAACUUGAUCGAGUUCUAUCGUGAUCGUGGGUAUCUGGAUGUGCGAGCGGAUCGUCUGAUCCAGCCUGCUCCCAAUGGUCGUGAAGCGAUCGUGACCUAUCUGAUCGAAGAAGGUCCGUUGUACACGAUGCGUGAGGUCCAAGUGGACAUCGUGAGUCCCGACGGAGCGGAUCAGGUGUUUACGCGUGAGCAGAUUGCGGGAUUGAUGUCGAUCAAGCCGGGUGAUGUGUACUCAGUGCGCGAUCUCGACGAAUCUUUGAAAACGAUCCGCGAAGCGUAUGGGCAGAUGGGGUACAUCGACGCGGUCGCUGAGCGUUUGGAGCGUCGCGACGAGAACGAGCCGUUGGUGGACCUCGUUGUCGCGAUCUCGGAGGGGAGUCGUUCGCGUGUUGGUGAAGUGAUUAUCCAAGGGAAUGACCUGACAAGACAAGAGGUCAUCCGCCGGCAGAUCGAACUCAAACCCACGCGUCCGCUGGAUUCCAAUGCGAUGGAGCGGAGCAAGACUCGUUUGCGUCUGCUGCGAUUGUUCAAUGAGCGUUCUGGCGCCAAGGUGACACCCCAGGAAUCUGGUGUAGAGUUCUUCGCGGAAGUUUGGGACGAUGAGUUUGUCCCCAGAGCACGACGAGAGCAACAGCCGAGCGAGAGCGCGGACGGAAUCGAGCAAGAGCAGACUGAUCCGAUCACGCUGACGCUGUCGCCUCCGGAUAACACAACAUUUCGAGAUGUGCUGAUCGAGAUCGAAGAAACCAAUACAGGGAGUUUCGAUCUUGGUGGUGCGGUGUCCUCGGACUCCGGCGUAAUCGGUCGCAUCGCGAUCACGCAGCGGAACUUUGAUCUGAGUGACACUCCCGACUCGUUUGGUGAGUUCAUCUCAGGAAGAGCGUUCCGUGGCGGAGGUCAAACUUUCCAGAUCGAGGCGCUCCCUGGUAACGAGGUUCAAACCUAUCGGAUCUCACUUUCAGAGCCGUAUCUGCUUGAAUCGAACUACUCAGGUUCGGUGAGCGCGUUCUUCCGAAAGCGCGACUUUGAUGAGUUCGAUGAAGAACGCUACGGCGGCACGCUCGGACUGGGGCGUCGAUUCGGGACUCGAUGGAUCGGCAACCUGAACUUCCGAUACAACGAGAUCGAGCUGAGCGAUAUCGAUCCGGCGCGUCCUGUCGAUGUGUUCCGCGAUGCGAUGCCGACAACGCUCGUUGGUCUCUCGGCUUCGCUCUCGCGGACCACGCUCGAUUCGCGCACUCGACCCACCAAGGGUUCACGCAGUUCGAUUAGUGUUGAACAGGUCGUGGGUGACUAUCAGUUCACGCCGAUCAACUUGAGGCACAACACCUUCAUCCCGAUCCGUGAGGACUAUCUGGGACGAUCAACGAUCCUGAAACUCAGCACGCAGGUUGGGUAUAUCCCGCAGGGCCGUGACGAUACGCCGACUUAUGAGCGCUACUACUCCGGCGGACAGCAGUUCCGUGGAUUUGAGUUCCGUACGAUCUCACCAAAGGGCAUCCGCAACGAUAAUGGAUUGCCUUCGGACGAUCCUGUUGGUGGUACCUAUCAGUUCUUCUUUGGCGCUGAGAUUCAGCAGCCGAUCUAUGAAGACUUCUUGUCGCUCGUCGCGUUUGUUGAUUCGGGUACGGUGACCUUUGAUCCAGGAUUCGACGAUUACCGCGUUGCGGUGGGUUUUGGGUUCCGUAUUUUCAUGCCGGCGUUAUCUCCGGCACCGCUCGCGUUUGACUUUGGUUUCCCGGUCGUGAAGGAAGACGGCGACAAAGAGCGGCUGUUUACCUUCUCGGUGGACCUGCCCUUUAACUAA